AUGUGGAGAACUGGAGAGUGGAUGCUCCGGAGACAAUCCAGCACGCAGGUCUCUCUUCGAAGCCACGUUCCUUCGGCCCUGUCUCCACGGUCCCGGCCGGGCGUCCGCGCCCUGCGGGUACUGGUGGACCGCGUACUGGCUGACUUUGAGGGCGGUUUCUUCAGGCAGUUCCGCGCUCGCUUCCCCGACCAGCCCUUCAUCGCGCUGAAGGACCGGCGCGACUUCUGGGUGUCGGAGCAGUACGGCCACCUGCAGCCCGGGCUGAGCGAGAAGGCCAUCAGCAUAUGGGAGUCCGAGAAUUUCUUUUUUUUACUUGAGCCUCUGCCAGGGGCUGUGGAAGCUGUGAAGCAGGUGGCCAACUUAGAAAACACUGAUAUCUCCAUGUGCACGAGCCCCAUCAAGAUGUACAAGUACUGUUCCUAUGAGAAGUACGCCUGGGUUGAGAAGCACCUCGGCCCCGACUUUCUGGAGCAGGUGGUGCUGACCAGACACAAGACCUUGGUCUCUGCUGACCUUCUCAUAGACGACCGGCCGGACAUCACAGGGGCGAAGCCCAGCCCCAGCUGGGAGCAUAUACUCUUCACAGCCUGCCACGACCGGCACCUGCCACUGCAGCCCGCCAGCCGCAGGCUGCUCUCCUGGGCGGACGACUGGAAGGCCCUUCUGGACAGCAAGCGGCCCUGCUGA